AUGAGCAACCAUCAGAUAGCCGCCAAGGCACCGCUGCAGAUUUAUUGCGCGGCGCUUAUAUUCGCGCCUGAGAAAUCAAUUAUUCGCAAAACGUUUUCCAACGAUAUCCCCAGUUGGCCUUCUCAGUUGCCGUGGGUCGAAGCAAACUGGAGCCCGGAGCUUCAGGCUUUAGAAGGACACUGUGAUAUCGUAAAUUCGCUAGCAUUUUCUCCCGACGGAAAAUCCCUAGCGUCUGGCUCCCGCGACAAAACAAUCCGGCUCUGGAACACAAGUACAGGCGUGCUUUAUCAAACCUUAGAAGGCCAUCUAGAAUCGGUUACCUCUGUGGCAUUUUCCCCAGAUGGCCGACUGGUAUUGUCCGGUUCGACAGACCACACGAUGCGGCUCUGGGAUGCAACAACUGGCGCUUUAAUUCUCAUUCUGGAGGGUCAUCAUUCCGAAAUCCUCUCGAUAGCGUUCUCGCCUAAUGGUCAAAUCCUCGCCUCCGGUCAUUAUGAUGGCAAAAUUGAGUUAUGGGAGACUGGAGCUGGCACACGACUGCAAGCUCUCGCGGGCCAGGAUGAAACUGGUUGGAUUUCUUCCGUGGCGUUUUCCCCGGAUGGAUUAUUGCUAGCAUCUGGCAGCGUGACUGGCGUUAUUCGUCUUUGGGAAAUAGCAGCCGGUACGUUACAGCGGACGAUUGCAGGGUUCGUAAAGUCCGUUGCUUCCGUUGCAUUCUCACCAGACGGAAGGCUUUUGGCAUUCGGUUCUAGUGGAGGUGGAAUUCGCCUUUGGAACAUGACAACAGGCGCAAUACACCGCACCUUCGAGGCCGAUUCGGGAGAAAACGAUGUUAAAUCAGUGGCCUUCUCUCACGAUAGCCAAUUGUUGACAUCUAGCUCGAGUGACAAAAAAGUACGCAUCUGGAAUACAGCCUCAGGAACUUUGCAGAGCACUAUGGAAUGCUGCUCAAGGUAUAUAGAUGCCGUUUCAUUCUCUCCCAAUAGUCAGCUGUUAGCAUCUGGCUGCAGUGAUAAGGCUGUCCGAAUUUGGGAUGUCGCGGCCGGUCUGCGACAACAACAAAGACGACAAGAAGACUCUUUAGACUCCGUGCAAUCAGUCAAAUUUUCGGAUGAUGGUAGACUUCUCGCAUCGAUCUCUGGACAGAAUAAGACUGUUCGGCUUUGGAAUACGGCAACCGGCGCGUUGGAACACACUGUUUGGCAUAGGCACGCGAUUUUGGGAAUGGAAUUCUCGCACGACGGCCAGAUUCUAGUAUCAAUUUCCAGUCAAAACAACAAAGUUCGACUUUGGGACACGGUGACGGGCACACUGCAACAGUCUUUUCAACAUAAAUCCCCAAUUUUGCAGCUGGAAUUCUCCCCUGACGGCAAAUCAUUGGCAUGUGGGUAUGAUGAUACGGUUGUUCUUCGGGACAUUGCUACAGGUGUGCUCUAUCACACUUUAAAGGGCAAUUCUUAUCCGAUUAAAAGGGCAAUCUUCUCAUCUGACGGCAAGCUACUAGCGUGCAGGUACUCUGGUCAUGAGGAGAUCUUAAUUUGGAAUAUAAUUACGGGUGCGAAAGAGCAGACUUGGACAGUCGAUGACAUCAAAGAUCGGGAUAUGGAUAAAGGAGUCGAUGGAUUGGACUUUUUCCAGAACGGAUCUUUCCUCACGGAUGAUAUCGGAAACUUCAAUCCUCAGUCAAGGUCUGCUAGUUGUGAUUCUAGCCUUUCGGAGAAAAAACGGGGAAUUUCCUUGCUAGAAGGAGAGUGGAUAGCUUUGAAUGGCGAAAAGGUGAUGUGGCUUCCUCCAAAGAUUCGGCCAACCUGCUCAGCGACGCAUGGUCGUGUAUUAGCUCUAGGUCAUGCUUCAGGGAGGGUUACUUUCAUAGGAGCUUAA